AUGACGCUCACGAAGCUGUCGUUACGUGACGACCGAAGUCGAGACGACGUGGCUGUUAAAGUGCUGCCAUGGCCACUGGACAAGUGCAAGUUAGCACAGUAA